AUGGGGGCAAGAAUUGGGAGGAUGCGAUUGAGUGGGAUGGGGGAUUCAAAGGCCGUGGUGGUGGAUGGCAGCGCCGCCAUACCUGCCUCCAUCACCAACCUCGCUGCUCUGCAGUACCUAGAUCUCACAAACGACAAGCUGAUGGGCCACGUCCCAUCUCUCGCAAGUCUCUCCAGGCUCACUCUCCUAGCCAUGGGAGCAGACGGCAGCCAGCUGACUGGCACCUACGAGGGACUGGCGUGGCUCUCCUCCCUCUCCAACCUGCAAUCGCUGUAUGCUCUGCACACCGCCACGCCCUCCUCUCAGUUCACACGCCCCGAUAACUUGUUGGCUCUCAUUGUGCCUUGGACACUCAGUUCGCUCACCAAUGCCACGGGGGAGAUACCCAGGGAGAUCCGAUACCUCACAGCCCUCACUACACUUGAUUUGUCGUUCCUACGUGCCUUGGAAUUCCCUGCCUGGGUGACUCACCUCUACAACCUUCAGUAUCUCAACGUGAACGGGGAUGAGCCGCGGCGGCAGGGGCUGUUGUCUGAUGACAUCUCGCACCUCACCGCACUCACCAGCCUGUGA